AUGAUCAAAUGCUCUGGGUCUCCAAGACCGCAGCGAUAUCCUCUAACAUGCCGGCGAUUCUCUCUCGCAUCUUGUGCUGCUGUUCUUCCCGAACAGGAAUCAUGUCGCACCUACAGCGCCUGCGUCUCCCGAUUGCAGCAAUGUAUCAAAUCCCAGGCGCUCCGCGAUGGCCAAAGGAUUCACGAUUGGAUACUGGGCUCUUCGCUGCGCGGCGACACCUUUCUGGGCAACCUGGUGAUCCAGAUGUAUGGCACCUGCGGCAAUGUGGCCGGAUCCUGGUGGGUGUUUGGAGAAGGCAUCCAUCGCCGCAAUGUUUUCUCGUGGAACACAAUGAUGGGAGCGUUUCUUUCGAGCUACCAGGUGGACGAAGCAAUGAUCCUGUUCGGGAAAAUGCCCCAGAGGGAUGUUGUCUCCUGGAACACCAUACUUGCAGCAAAUGCCCAACUAGGCGAUUUGGACUUCUUACAAACAAUAUUUGGUCAAAUGCCACAGAGAGGUGUGAUUUCAUGGAAUACAAUGAUAACAUCCUUUGCGCAAUCAAAAGAUACGUCCCGCGCGAUCGAAUCUUUUGCGAAAAUGCCAAAGCAUACAGUCGUAAGCUGGACCGCGGCGCUGACUGCAUUUGCCGAAAAUGGGCAUCUGGAUAACGCAUGUGUUCUUUUCGAUUAUAUGCCCGAGCGAAACGACGUCUCUUGGAGCGCAAUGGCGGCCGCCUACGCCGAACACCUCCUUCCGGAUCGCGCCAUCGAAGUUGUCUCCGCACGGAUGCCGCAGUGGAGCAUCACCUCCCUGAGCUCGCUCAUCCAGGCGGUCCUUCAAUCCCACCGCCCGGAUCAGGCAUGGAUCGUCUUCGCUCAGAUGAACGAGCGCAACGAGUUUGCCUGGAACAUCAUGCUCCAGGGUCUGUUCUUUCACGAUUUCCCCGCCGGGGAGCUUGUUCUCGAUAAAAUGCCCUGCUGGGACGUUAUCGCUUGCAAUACCUCCAUUGUAGCAUAUGCCCAAAACGGACAUAUUGCGAAAUCUCGCGCUAUUUUCUUUGCGAUGCCGCACUGUUCGGUGGCUUCUUGGAACGCCAUUCUUGACGCAUUUGUGCAGAUAAACUCGGUGGAAGAAGCUAGUCGGAUAUUCUGUCUGAUGCCUUGCCAAGACGCAGUGUCGUGGACGGCAAUCCUGGCAGUGUAUGCUCAGAAUGGGCAUGUCACCAAAGCGCAGGGCCUGUUUCAGAAAAUGCCGGCGGGAAGGAGCACAUUUGCAUGGAAUUCACUGCUCCACGCGUGGAGCCAGGCUAAAUUUCCUCACACGGUGGCCGCCAUCUUCCAUCGCAUGCCCGGGCAAGACUUGGUUUCCUGGAACACUCUUCUCGCAGCCUAUGCUCGCAGCGGUUUUGCAAGAGAAUCGCUGCAAAUCCUGUGCCGCAUGGAUCUGGAAGCCGUGGGGAUAGACGAGAUCACUUUCAUCAGCGUCUUGGAUUCCAUCUCUGCGGCCUCCACAAACUGUGAUAGCAGGUUCCUCCUCGAUGAGUUUCUGGGCAAUCCAGAAGCUUACAGUCUCGUCCAAAGUUCUUGCGUGGUGGCAAACGCGCUCGUCGCCGCCUGUGCGAAGUCUGGCUAUCUCGCCGAUGCCUGGACAGUCUUUUGCAACGCCAGUCACCGGGACAUCACUUGCUGGAGCUCCAUGCUCUCGGCCUAUGCGUUAAACGGCCACGAGCUCCAAUCCUUGACGCUUUUCCAAUGCAUGCUACUCUCGGGCCUGGUUCCGGACGAGACCAUCGUCGCGAUUCUGCUCUCCGCUUGCUCGCACGCCGGCCUCGUCGAAUCUGGAGUGGAGUUCUUCCGCUCCUUGAGUCAGGACUUUAACGAAGUGGAAGCCAACUUGGAUCACUACUCUUGCUUGAUCGAUCUCCUGGCGAGAGCUGGGAUGCUCGAGGAGGCCGCGAGUGUGAUCCAGGAGAUGCAAUUCGAGGCCAGCUUGCUCAUUUGGACGUCAAUCAUGGCCGGCUGCAUUGUUCAUGGGGACGUGACUAGAGCAUUGCUGGCUGCCGAGGAGAUCGCUAGAACGCAUCCAGAUAGUGGCGUUGGACCGAACCUUGAGAAAUCGCUUGACAAGCAAAGAUAUAUCGAGAUUAAAUUUUCAAAGAACGUGAAACCUAUGCUGACCGACAAGGUGCCUGUUUGGGGAUUGAUUGGUUUGACCGCAGCUGGCGGCUUCUUUGGCCGAGCGAUCCUCCCCAAUCGACGGCAGGCAUGUUUAAAGCGGUGGAGAGUUCUCGAGCAAUGCCCGUGCUCUCGAUCGACCGGAUUCUCUAGUAUGCAAGCGCUAGGUUUUCCUGGUCUUGAGAGGAAAUCCGGUGGCGGCAGUGGAAAUUUCCAGGGACAUGGCUCGAUAUUUCCGUCAGCUGCUCAAGCCGGUUACGUAGAUCGCUCGCACGGGGCGCAAGAAGAUUAA